CAGGAGGCUGUUGCGAGUGGCACUGGCCGAGUUGAGGACUGGAGGUGCAGCAAUGGCCCUGCCAUCGAAUUUCGCGACAACGAUCAUCACACUUCCCUUCGCAGCUCUCCUCCCUCGCCCUCCUCUCUCCCACCACAACACCAAUGUUUUGACGACGACAUAGACAGCAUUGUCUCGCGCGCCGCCACCACCUCACCCACUCCGCCAUCACCACACGCCCGCCCGUCCGCAACCCCCCAAUUUCUUCCCCGUCACCCUCUCCGUGUAUGCCAAACCCCACCUUCCGCGCUCGGAGCUGCCGCUGUAGCACUGUACUGACGUCUGAUGCUCCAUGGCUAAUAGCUCUCUACCCGACCGACCGCACCUUGCACCACUCACCUUUCUUCCGACCUUAGCUCCGGAGUCUACCAGGCCUCAUUAUCCGGUCCUGCUUCCACCCGCUGCAGCUCUACUCUAGCAUAGCUCCUCCCUCGACCUACGUCAACUAUCUCGACAUGUCGGCAGAGGAUCAGAACUCGCCCGCUAUCGAUUCGGGCAUCGAUGCCAUCACUGAUAAGCUGGGUGCUACCAACAUUCAAGACGACCGGCCACGGACGGAGGAAGAAUAUGCCCAAGCACAGCUUACCCUGCGAGCGAUUGUGACGUCCAAGGAAGCCGGCGUGAUCAUUGGCAAGGCAGGCCAGAAUGUGGCAGACCUCAGAGACAAGACUGGUGUUCGCGCCGGCGUGAGCAAAGUCGUGGCUGGCGUGCACGACCGUGUUCUGACUGUCACUGGAGCUCUCAAUGGCAUUUCCGACGCGUACGGUCUCGUUGCCGAUAGCUUGGUCAAAGGAGCUCCUCAGAUGGGCAUGGGAGGCGCUGUCGGGAACCCUAACACUCACCCUAUUCGCCUCCUGAUCUCACACAACCAAAUGGGCACCAUUAUUGGCCGACAAGGACUCAAAAUCAAGCAGAUUCAAGAUGCAAGUGGCGUGCGCAUGGUCGCGCAGAAAGAGAUGCUCCCGCAAUCGACCGAACGCAUCGUAGAAGUACAAGGCACUCCAGAUGGCAUACAAAAGGCAGUGUGGGAGAUUGGCAAGUGCCUGGUCGAUGACGAGCAGCGUGGCUAUGGCACUGUGCUCUACAGUCCCUCUGUUCGCGUUCAAAGCGGUGCUCCAGCGCUCCCUCUGAAUGGCACUGGCGAUUCGCGCGGGUACGGCGCACCACGAAGCUUCAACAGGACUGGCAACGGUGCCGACUUCACCAGCGCUGCUCCAGCUGCAUACUCACCACGCCGAAACGGUGCUCCAGAAUCUGGCGGCGGUCCUCCUCCCCGAGUUGAGGACGGCGAGGAUAUCCAGACGCAAAACAUCAGCAUUCCUGCCCACAUGGUCGGCUGCAUCAUUGGGCGCGGCGGCAGCAAGAUCAGUGAGAUCCGCAAGAGCUCAGGAGCACGAAUCUCGAUCGCCAAGGCACCCCAUGAUGAGACUGGGGAGCGCAUGUUCACCAUCACUGGUGGCCCACAAGCCAACGAGAAGGCCCUGUACCUCCUCUACGAGAAUCUGGAGCAAGAGAAGAUGCGCCGCAGCCAAAUUCCUGAGGCCACAGCAUAGGGUGCUGAUCCAUACUUUCAGAAGGGCGGUGUUCCAGCUGGCGCUCAGCCUGCGCAGAUUUCCCCAUCUCUGCUAGGCCAUUGACUGCCGCCGCAGAGUCCUUCACCACACUGGAGCUCGACUGUCUGAGCUCGACUUCUUCCGAGAUUGGCCUGAAACCACUUCGACACCGCCACAUCGCGUAUUCUGAAUACGACUAUGUUCUGUUUAUGGCUUACGACCAUUAUGACCUUUACGCUUCGACGACACGACCUCGAAUGCCUAAUGACGUCCUCCUGGUGGCCUCUUCACCACUCCAUCGACCUCUCCCACCACCACUAUUCGAACACCCCCAGCCACCACCACGACAUGAAUAAAAGAGUACGGAUAAUGCUCAUGUGCUGCUUGACGCGGCGCUCACUGUUUGGGGUAUAGCGCAGCGAGCAGUUGUACGUCUGCUGAGCAGGCAGGUCUUUGAAGUUGCUUAUGCAUAGCGCUUAUACCAAUUUCGACAUGUAAUGCUAGCAGAGAGCAGUGAAAAUGAAAAGGAAGCAGUUGC